CCACGCCAUGGUCACUCCUCCGGCCACUCCGGCCGCUGCCGAGCCGCCGUAGGGAGGCUCCGGCCGUGCCCCAUGGUCGCUCCUCCGGCCGCUGCGGAGCCGCUGUCCGCCCUCCGGCCGUAGGGAGGCUCCGGCAGUGCCCAUGGACCCCCCCAGGGCCCCCUCGGUGGCGCUGCCGGUGCUGGACGCCAUCGCCUUCUCGGGGGGAGGGGCCGAGAGCCCCGCACGGACACCGCUGACCCCCGCAGUGACCCCUGCAGUGACCCCCACAGUGACCCCCGCAGUGACCCCUGCACUGACCACUGCCCUGACCCCUGCCCUGACCCCCUCCUUGGCCCCCACCCUGACCUCCACACUGACCACUGCUCCAAAGCCCACCUUGACCCCUGCCCUGACCCCGGCCGCGGUCCCGGACGUGUUCUGGGCCAGCCUGCUCCGUGCCCAGCUCUGUGUCCAGGAGCUCCAGGGGGCCAUCGAGGGACAGACGGACACUAGUGACCACCCUCAGGACCUCCCCCGGGACCACCUCCAGGAUGAGGCUGGGAAUGUCUCCCAGGAGCUCCAAGGCCAUGGAUCCACGUUUGAGGAGAUGUUCCAGGUGUGCAUGGAUGAGUCCAUCCCACCCAAAGCCAUGGCCAAGGAUGAGAACAUCUCACCCAAAUCCGUGGCCAUGCUGGAGAACAUCUUCCAGGUGUCCACAGAUGGAUCCAUCCCACCCAAAUCCAUGGAUGAGGACAUCCCACCCAAAUCCAUGGAUGAGGACAUCCCACCCAAAUCCAUGGCCAAGGAUGAGAACAUCUCACCCAAAUCCGUGGCCACGCUGGAGAACAUCUUCCAGGUGUCCAAAUCCAUGACUGUGGAUGGGAGCAUCUCCCAGGAGCUCCAAAGCCAUGAAUCUACGUUUGAGGAGAUCUUCCAGGUGUGCAUGGAUGAGUCCAUCCCACCCAAAUCCAUGGAUGAAGACAUCCCACCCAAAUCCAUUGCCAUGUUUGAGAACAUCCUCCAGGUGUCUGCAGAUGGUUCCAUCCCACCCAAUUCCACACCCAAGGAUCAGGACAUCCCACCCAAACCCAUGCCCAUGGAUGAGAACAUUUUCCAGGUGUCUACGGAUGAGUCCAUCCCACCCAAAUCCACAGCCAAGGAUGAGUCCAUCCCACCCAAGCCCAUCACCGUGGAUGGGAGCAUCUUCCAGGAGCUCCAAGGCCAUGGAUCCACAUUUGAGGACAUCCUGCAUGCGUCCAUGGAUGAGCACAUCCCACCCAAAUCCACAGCCAAGGACGAGCACAUCCCACCCAAAUCCAUGCCAAUGGAUGAGAACGUUUCUCAGGUGUCUACAGAUGGUUCCAUCCCACCCAAAUCCAUGGGUGAGGACAUCCCACCCAAACCCAUGCCCGUGGAUGAGAAUGUUCUCCAGGUGUCUGCAGAUGGCUCCAUCCCAAACAAAUCCAUGCCCGUGGGUGGGAGCAUCUCCCAGGAGCUCCAAAGCCAUGGAUCCACGUUUGAGGAGAUCUUCCAGGCGUCCAUGGAUGAGUCCAUCCCACCCAAACCCACGGCCAUGGAUGAGAACGGUUUCCAGCUGUCCACGGAUGAGUCCAUCCCACCCCAGGCCGUACCCAUGGACCAAAGCUUUGAGUUCCUCUUUGGGAGCAUCAUGUCCAUGGGUGGGGACAUCUCCUCAUGGACAGUGACCAGGGAUGGGGACAUCUCAUCCCAGACCGUGACCAUGGAUGGGGACAUCUCCCACAUGUCCAUGGGUGGGGACAUCUCCUCAUGGACAGUGACCAGGGAUGGGGACAUCUCAUCCCAGACCGUGACCAUGGAUGGGGACAUCUCCCACAUGUCCAUGGGUGGGGACAUCUCAUCAUGGGCCGUGACCAGGGAUGGGGACAUCUCACCCAAAUUCAUGACCAUGGAUGGGACCAUGUCUCCAGAGCACCUGGCCGUGGAUUCCAGGAUCUCUCCUGAGUCCGUGACCAUGGAUGGUCCCACCUUGGCCAAGGCCGUGAGCCUUGGUGAAACAGUUUCUCCAGAGAACGUUCCCGUGGAUUCCAGGGUCUCCCCCAGUCCCAUGGCCAUGGACGGUCCCACCACGGAUGGUCCCAUCUCCCCCAAGCCCCGAGCCCCCAAACUCAGCCAGGAGGAAGAGGAAGGUGACGACGAUGACGACCACGCCAACAAUGACCACCAUGACCUCAGUGACUUAGGUGACCACCAUGACUGUGAUGACCACAAUGACCUCAAUGUCCGCAUUGACCGCCAUGACUGUGAUGACCACCAUGACCACCCUGACCACAAUGACCUCAAUGACCUCGAUGUCCACAAAGACCAUGAUGACCACCCAGACCACGAUGACCACCCUGACCUCGAUGAUCACAAUGACCUAGAUGACCACCAUGACUGUGAUGACCACCAUGAGCUCAAUGACCUCAAUGACCACCAUGACCUCAAUGACCGUGAUGACCACAAAGACCAUGAUGACCACCAUGACCACCAUGACUGUGAUGACCACAAUGACCACCAUGACCUCAAUGACCACCAUGACCUAGAUGACCACCAUGACCACAAUGUCCACCAUGACCACCGUGACCGUGAUGACCACGGUGGCUCCUCCCAUGAAGAUGAAGACAAGGAGAACCUGGAGGAGAACCUGGAGGAGGACCUGGAUGAGAAGGACGAGGAUGAUGAGGACCUGGAUGAUGAGGAGGACCUGGAUGAGGACCUGGAUGAUGAGGAGGACCUGGAUGAGGACCUGGAUGAGGACGAGGAGCCCCAUUUCCACACCAACCCCCUGUUCCAGCACCCGCUGCCCCCGGGGGUGCCCCCCUGGCGUCCCCACGGUGCCACCCUCGGGUGUCACCCCCCAGGAGGAGCCACCACCGCGGGCUGGGGACCACCCAGAACCCCGGAAUUUGGGGACACCCCGGAUCCGCCUGCGGAAUUUGGGGACCCCCCGGAAUUUGGGGACACCCUGGAAUAUGGGGACCCCCCAGAAUUUGGGGACCCCCUGGAAUUUGGGGACACCCCCUUGGUGUCUUCUCCUCCCCCAGGACCACCCAGAACCCCAGAAUUUGGGGACAUCACAGAUCCACCUCCGGAAUUUGGGGACAUCCCGGAUCCACCUCCCGAAUUUGGGGACAUCCCGGAUCCACCUCCUGAAUUUGGGGAUCCUCCAGAAUUUGGGGACCCCCCCGAAUUUGGGGACCCCUUGGAUCCACCUCUGGAAUUUGGGGACCCCCCCAAAUGGGUGGACCCAAAAUGGGGGGGGCUGGACCCCCCCACCCCCUUGGAGGAGCCCCCCAGUUCCUGGGAACCCCCAGAUUUACCCCAAAAAGAGGAACCCCAAAUUCCCCCAGAACCCCCAAAUUUGCCCCAAAAAGAGGAACCCCAAAAACCCCAAAUCCCCCCAGAUUUACCCCAAAAAGGGAGACCCCAAAACCUCCCAGAUUUACUCCAAAAAGAGGGACCCCAAAACCUCCCAGAACCGCCAAACUGGCCCCAAAAAGAGGGACCCCAAAUUCCCCCAGAUUUGCCCCAAAAAGAGGGACCCCAAAUUCCCCCAGAUUUGCCCCAAAUGCCCCCAGAUUUACCCCAAAAAGGGAGACCCCAAAACCCUCCAGAUUUACCCCAAAAAGGGGGACCCCAGAGCCCCCAAACCCCCCCAAAUUUACCCCAAAAAGAGGGACCCCGAAACCUCCCAGAACCCCAAGAUUUGCCCCAAAAAGGGAGAACCCAAAUCCCCCCAGACUUACCCCAAAAAGAGGGACCCCAAAACCUCCCAGCACCCCCAGAUUUACCCCAAAACCUCCCAGAUUUGCCCCUAAAAGGGAGACCCCAAAACCUCCCAGUUUUACCCCAAAAAGAGGAACCCCAAAUCCCCCCAGAUCUGCCCCAAAAAGAGGGACCCCAAAACCUCCCAGCACCCCCAAACUGGCCCCAAAAAUUGGGACCCCAAAUCCCCCCAAAUUUGUCCCCAAAAGAGGGACCCCAAAUCCCCCCAAAAUGGGGACCCCAGACCCCAAAUUUCCCCCCAAAAUUGGGGAUCCAGAGCCCCCCCCACCCCCUGACCCCCCUCAAACCCCCCCAAAGCCCCCGGGGACCCCCCCAAAACGACCCCCCCGACCCCCCCGACCCCGGGGGUUUUGGGGGGUCCCCCCCACCCGAGGAGCCGCCCUCCAAGCCCAGCCCGGACCCCCCGCGGGACCCCCCUGGGGAGGACCCUCAGUCCCUGGCCCGGCGCCUUUUCCGCCUGGACGGGGUCAGGAAGUCCCAGGUGGCCUCGUUCCUGCGCAGGGACACGGAGUUCAGCGCUCGGGUGGCGCGGGAGUACCUGGAGCUCUUCCAGUUCCAGGGGCUGAGCCUGGAGCAGGCCCUGAGGCAGUUCCUGCGGGCCCUGGUGCUCUCGGGGGAGACUCAGGAGCGCGAGCGAGUCCUGGGGCACUUCUCGAGCCGCUUCCACCGCUGCAACCCCGGCGCCUUUCCCUCGGCUGACUCUGUUCACACCCUCACCUGUGCCCUGAUGCUGCUCAACACCGACCUGCACGGCCAGCGCCUGGGCCGGGCCAUGAGCAGCUCUGAGUUCGUGACCAACCUGAGUGGGAUGAUGGACGGCCGGGACUUCCCCCGGGAGCAGCUCAAGGCUCUGUACGGCUCCAUCCGCAGCCGGAAGCUGGAAUGGGCAACGGACGACGAGGACGAACCCGGGGCCGAUUCCCAAAAGGCCAAAAAAGCCCCAAAAUUCCCCAAUCCCGAAAUUCCCCCAGAACUCCUGGGGGGCUCCGGCCCCGCCCGCAGGGGGGUCCUGGCCAGGAAGGUCCUGGCAGAGAGCGACGGCAAAAAGGCUCCCUGGGGCCGGCGGGGCUGGAAGCGUUUUAGGGCCGAGCUCCGGGGGCCCCUCCUGGUGCUGCAGAGGGACCCCCCCGAGGGCCCCGAGGAGGUUUUGGGGUUGCCCCACGCCCUGGCCCAGCCCCACCCCAAAUACACCAAACGCCCCCACGUGUUCCUGCUGCGCACCGGGGACCGCCGGGAGUUCCUCUGCCAGGCACAGAGCCCCCUGGAGCUGGCCCAGUGGGUGUUUGGGAUCAACGUGGCCGCCGCCCUCUCCUCGUCCCCCCCGUUCCCCGCGGCCGUCGGCUCCCGGCGCCGCUUCGUCAGACCCAUCCUGCCCUCGGCGCCCAGCCGCUGCCCCCCGGAGCAGCAGCAGUGCCAGCUGCAGCGCUGGUUGGGGACAGUGACGUGCCAGCUCCUGGAGCACCAGCGGCUCCUGCCCGAGGGACGGGGACGGGAGCAGGAGGAGCACCGGGCACACGGGGACUUCCUGCGCCAGGAGCGCCAGCGCUGCCUCACCUACGUGCAGGCGCUGGGGGCGUGGCUGCGCGGGGACAGCGGCGACAGCGCCACCCUCGGGGACAGCGAGGAGCUCGGGGACAUCGCCGAGGGUCCCCUUGGGGACAGCCCCGAGUGUCCCCAUGGCCCCGCGCCGCUCACCAAGUGCCACUCGAGUCCCUCGCUGGCCCCGGAGCCACCCCCGGGCCGCGUGCGGCGCCACAUCUCGGAGCGCAGGGCCACCCGUGUCAUUGUCCCCAAACGCCACCGGGACCGCCUGUGACUGUCACCAGAGUCACUGCCACAUCUCGGAGCGCAGGGCCACCCGUGUCAUUGUCCCCAAACGCCACCGGGACCGCCUGUGACUGUCACCAGUGUCACCGCCACAUCUCGGAGCGCAGGGCCACCCGUGUCACUGUCCCCAAGUGCCACCAGGACCGCCUGUGACAGACCUGGAUUGUCCCCGGGACUGUCCCCAAGUGCCACCAGGACUGGCUGUGGGGACCCUGUGACAGGGACACCCCAAAGUGCCACCUCUGUGACAGGGACGCUCCCAAUGUCCCCUCUGUGGGACAAAGGACACCCCAAAGUGCCACCCCCAGGACAGGGACACUCCCAGUGUCCCCACCCCAAUGUCCCCAAUGCUGUCCCCAAUGUCCCCUCCCCCCUGGUACGAGGCUUUUUUUGGGGGGUCCCCCCGGGAUUGGGAACAACUCAGGGAAAUCCCAAAACUCCCAAACUUCCCAAAAAUCCCAGUCCCAAAUUCCCAUUCCCAAAAAUCCCAAAAAUCCCCAAACCAAUCCCAUUCCCAGAGGAAUUUUGGGGGGAAUUUGGGAUUUGGGGGGAAUUUGGGAUUCCCUCGCUGCGGUUGUGCAAUAAAGGUUCAGAAUUCCGGAA